UUUUGGGUGGGUGUUCCCGCUCUUCUCUCUCCGUACUCGUCUUUUUGGUUUUAGCCGGCUCAGUUUGUCGCCGGGGUCUGUCGAGACGGACAGUGCAGCGGCGGUCCUGUUUCCAGUCCUGUCUCCAGGUGGGAGUACCUGCGUACAGGGAAAGUAGCUGAAAAUUGGAGGACAGACAAAUCAACACCCAUGGAAAACAGUUUCAGUUUUGAGGAGGGGAGCGACAUGUCAUAUGAAGACAGUGACUCUGCCUUCCCCUCUCCAGUUACACCUCUUCCACCAGGCCAGAGUGGUAUGUCUGAGCGUGAAAAUCAAGAGGAACCGGCUGAGGAGGAAGCAGAGAGGAAUGAGCCACCCUCGACAGCCAUUGUCAUUCCCAGUGAUUCAGAUGCUUUUCUGAACCUGAACACCAAUGCCACCACAAGAGGGGAUGCUCAAGCCUAUGUGGAGCUGAAUGAGCUCCAGGGCAACCUCUGGCAGGAGACUAGCCGUUGGGUAGGCUAUGAAGAGAACUUCAACCCAAGCACGGGAAAAUGGGGUUCUUCCCAUGUCUCCUAUCUCACCUUCAAGAGCCUGAUCCAGCUGCGCAAAACACUGAGUACAGGUGCAGUCAUCUUUGACUUGAAUGCCACCAGUCUGUCUUCCAUCGCCGAAAAAGUAGCCGAUGAGCUUUUGAACAAGGAUGAGAUUCGUUCCAGCGAUCGAGAUGGCCUGCUGAGGGCUCUCCUGAUGAGACGCAGUCAGACUGGGUCACCUGAAGUUUCUGACACUGGAGACAUUCAGAUGCAGACCUUUUCUGUGACAAAGACAAGAGAGAGCUCUGACAACAUGGAGGCCUCGAUUGUCCUCUCAGGUGCCCUGGACUUCCUUCAGAAGCCAGUGGUAGCUUUUGUCCGACUGAGGGACUCUGUGGUGAUGGAGUCCACACUGGAGUCUCCCGUCCCUGUUCGCUUCGUCUUUGUGAUGGUGGGGCCCAGCGAGGCGCCUGUUGACUACAGUGAAAGCGGCCGUGCCAUGGGUGCUCUGAUGGCCGAUUGGGUGUUCUGUCUGGAGGCCUACUUGGCUCAGACUGACAAAGAUCUGACCAAUGCCAUCGCUGACUUCAUGGACUGCAGCAUUGUGAUUCCUCCCACUGAGAUCCAAGACAAGGCAAUGCUGGACCCCAUCAUUGAUUUCCAGAAAAAGAUGCUGCAGGACAGACUCCGUCCUUCAGACACUCGCCUUGCGUUUGGAGACAGAGUGAAAGUUGACAAAGCUCCAGAGGAACCCAGGGAGGAUCCUCUGGCCCGUACUGGCUAUCCUUUUGGCGGGAUGGUGAAGGACAUAAAGCGGCGUUACCGUCACUACAUCAGCGACUACUUAGAUGCUGCCAACCCUCAGGUCCUCGCUGCCGUCAUCUUCAUCUACUUUGCAGCCCUGUCCCCGGCCAUCACUUUUGGAGGACUUCUAGCUGACAAAACAGAAAAGAUGAUGGGUGUGUCAGAGCUUAUGAUAUCCACCGCCAUUCAAGGCGUCAUCUUCUGCCUCAUUGCUGCUCAACCUGUCCUUGUCAUCGGCUUCUCUGGACCACUGUUGGUGUUUGAGGAAGCUUUCUAUGCUUUCUGCAAGUCCCAGGGCAUUGAGUACAUCGUGGGCCGAAUCUGGGUGGGCAUGUGGCUGAUUGUGAUCGUGGUCAUCAUCGUGGCUGUGGAGGGCAGCUUCCUGGUUCGAUUCAUUUCACGCUUCACCCAAGAAAUCUUCUCCAUCCUCAUCUCGCUCAUCUUCAUCUACGAGACCUUCAGUAAACUCAUCAAGAUCUUCAAAGCUCACCCGCUGAUCCUGAACUACGAUCAUCUGAACGACACAGCGGACAAUCCCUUCCACCCAGUGAUCAAGGAGCACAGAGAGUACCACGAUGAUGGCAAUGUUACCAUCAUGGAGCUGGAGAUCGAGAGGCCAUAUCCCAACACUGCCCUGCUGUCCAUGUGCCUGAUGUUUGGCUGCUUCUUUAUUGCAUACUUCCUCCGGCAGUUUAAGGGCGGCCAUUACCUCCCUGGCCCGCUUCGUCGUUUGAUUGGUGACUUUGGAGUACCCAUUGCAAUUUUCGUUAUGAUCGCUGUGGACAUCAACAUUGACGAUGCAUACACUCAGAAACUUGUUGUGCCAAAAGGUAUCGAAGUGACCAACCCCAAGGUCAGAGGCUGGUUCAUCAACCCCAUGGGGGAGAAGAAGCCUUUCCCCAUCUGGAUGAUGGGUGCCUGCUGUGUCCCUGCAUUGCUCGUCUUCAUCCUCAUCUUCCUCGAGUCCCAGAUUACCACGCUAAUUGUGAGCAAACCAGAGAGGAAAAUGGUGAAAGGGUCUGGUUUCCACUUUGAUCUCCUCAUUCUGGUGGUCAUGGGAGGAAUCUCCUCCAUCUUCGGGGUGCCCUGGCUGAGUGCUGCCACCGUACGAUCUGUCACACAUGCCAACGCUCUCACCGUCAUGUCCAAGGGCCCCAAACCAGAAAUAGAGAAGGUUCUGGAGCAGAGAAUCAGUGGUAUCCUUGUAGCCAUCAUGGUUGGAGUUUCCAUCUUCAUGGAACCUGUACUCAAGAUGAUUCCUAUGACGGCGUUGUUUGGCAUCUUCCUCUACAUGGGUAUCACCUCCCUGAGUGGAAUCCAGAUGUGGGACAGGAUGCUUCUGCUUAUUACUCCCAAGAAAUACCAUCCAUCUGAUGCCUAUGCAACCAGGGUCAGCACAAUGCGGAUGCAUUUGUUCACCUUCAUCCAGCUCGUGUGCCUCGCUGUCCUGUGGGUCGUGAAGAUGAGCCCCUUCUCCCUGGCUCUGCCGUUCGUGCUCAUCCUCACCAUCCCUCUGCGCAUGGUCAUGACCGGCACGGUCUUCACUAACUUGGAGAUGAAAUGCCUGGAUGCGGAUGACGCCAAAGUGAAGUUCGACGACGAAGAAGACGUGUAACUUCCAGAAACAAUUGAUACUCAGGCACAAACUUUUAAAUGAAGUCAGUCAACUAUUUCAAACCAGAAUCAGUAUUAUUUUUCUUUAGAGAAAAUUACCUUGCAUUUUUGAAAUUCAUACAUUAUUCCUACAUUUUUUUUACAACCUAUUCUAAUGAUAUUCCUCAUGUUUUAGAUUUGUUUUCUUUAAUUUGUGUUCUCAAAAAUGUUUGUUGUUUUAUCUAUACUAUCGACUAUUUAUGUACUUGUGCAUGAAGUGGUGUUCUGAUUCAGGAAAAUGAUUGAAUAUUGAAAAUGACAGGUAUUUUCUUAAAAGAGAUGAGGUAAACCCAGUUAUCAAUUUGUUUUUCCUUUUUCUGGCUUUAAAGUGACAAUCAUGUAUUGAUAUUUUGACUAGCCCAUAGUGUUAUUGUUUCAGUUUUAGUUGAGCAACUCAUUUAUUACACAUGCACUAAUAGGAAGAAAUUGUGGUACUGCCAUGUGUGCCUUGUUUGAGAGAUCAUUUGUGUUGCCCCAUUUAAUUUGUUGUGUAUGGAAAAUUUUAGGCUGUUUGUGUUCAUUUUCACCAUUGUGUAGAGAUGGAUGUGUGAUGAACAGAGUAUUUGACUUAAAAGUGUGUAUCGCAUUCAUAAUUAUGAAAUAAAUGAGUAGUUUUAGAUAGAUAACUAUGAAUUAUAUUUGAGUUCCUUCAAUGUAAAUGCAAUGUGUGCUUGAAACACUGUACAUGCUUUGGUUUUCAUUUUAUUACAAAAUAAAAAACUGUCUUUACAGGG